CUUGCGCGACCGCCAUAUUGCCUAGUCACCCGCGGUGUGUGUUUAUAUUAUAUAUAUUAAAUUUUUCAUUAAAUUAUUUUAUAAAAUAUUAUAAAAUUAUAUAUAUUUAAUUAGUUUUAUCAAGUGUCAUAUUAUUUUAAAAUGUAUUAUUAUGUCUAUCGUGUUUCGUGACUUUUUUUUUUUUUUUCGAUUUUUAUUAUUAAUUUGUUUAGUGGUGUUAAUAAUUAAUUAAUUUUAUAUUUUUAUUAUUAUUUAUUUAUUAUAAUUGUGCUAUUAUUUUAAUUUAUUAUUUUUAUUUAUAUUCGAUAUAUAUUGAAUUAUUAUUGUGCGCGUUUCGAAAAGCUCAGAGGUGGCCUGUUUCUAUCGUAAUUUUAUUUUUCGUGUGUUCGAAAUAUUUUUUUUUUUUUUUUUCUUCUAUCAACCCGGGUGAUUAAUCAACUAUCGUGAAUUUUUUAAAUUUAAUUUAAUAUAGUGUAACAACGAAUAAACUUAAAAAAUUGACAUAUAUAUUUUUUUUACAAUAAAAAAAAAAUAAAAUAACAUAAAAAAAAAAAGAAAAAAAUAAAAACGUCAAUAAUGCCAGUCCGUAAACAAGGUGGUGAGUGCCGUGUUAUACUCGAUGUCGAGUCAUCACCAGCAAGAGUAGUAACGUGCCAAUUUUUCAAUCGUAGAAGUUUCAAUGCAGAAGCUCACAGAGCCUUGGAGUUGUUGGAGGAUUACCAUGCAAAACUCACAAGACCUCAUGAUAAACAACUACGAUUAGCCAUAGAACGUGUUAUAAGAAUCUUCAAAAGUAGACUUUUUCAAGCACUUUUAGAUAUUCAAGAAUUUUACGAACUAACAUUGCUAGAUGAAUCGAAAUCAGUUCAGCAAAAAACAGCUGAAACUUUACGUAUAGCUGAUAAAUGGGAAGCUAGUGAUGGACCAAUAACUCCAACAUUUGCACAAAAUGAUGGUGGUCCUGUUGGUGCUUUUCCAUUAACACAGACGUUAUUAAAUUUUUACGAACGCAGAUCUGCUAGUCCUGAUACUUUAACUGAUCAUAAUCAGAAAUCGAGAUAUUCUACUCAAGUUAGUGGAGAACGAAUUUCACCACCUCCUUUGCAACAACAAUUUUUCAAAGAAAAUAAUCAGUAUGAUGAUAAUACUUUUGAAGCAAAUUUUGCUGAUUUAAAUUCACAUUUAGAAGGAAAUCAAAAUAUUUUAGGAAAUAAUGAUUCAAUUCACAAGAGUCACGAAAACUGGCCUAUUCACAAUGAAGAUAUGACAAAUGGAGAUGAUGAUUGGGAUCAUGAAGAAAUAAUACUUGAACGUGGUGGAUCUGGUUUAGGAUUUAGCAUUGCUGGUGGUACUGAUAAUCCUCAUGUUGCUAGUGAUACUGCAAUUUAUAUAACAAAACUAAUACCAGGUGGUGCUGCAUCAGCAGAUGGACGUUUACGUGUUAAUGAUAUUAUUUUACAAGUUAAUGAUACAUCUGUUGUUGAUGUGACACAUGCAAUGGCUGUUGAUGCAUUAAAAAAAGCCGGUAAUACGGUUAAAUUGCAUGUACGAAGACGAAAUCAUGCACAUAUGACAGAAAUUGAACUUAUUAAGGGUAAUAAAGGUUUGGGAUUUAGUAUUGCUGGUGGUAUUGGUAAUCAGCAUAUACCUGGUGACAAUGGUAUAUAUGUUACAAAAGUUAUGAAAGGUGGAGCAGCACAAGUUGAUGGACGUCUUGUUGUUGGUGAUAAAUUAGUUGCUGUUAGAAAUGCAAUGGGAGAAAAAAAUUUAGAAAAUGUAACACAUGAAGAAGCAGUUGCAACAUUAAAAGCAACACAAGAUAGAGUUGUUUUAGUUGUAUCUAAACCAGAAGAUAUAAUACCAUCAACACCACAACCACCAGUAUCAUUGGAUCAAACAUUAUCACCACAACCACGUAAACAAAAUGGCUCAGUUUCAGGAUUAGAGAAUAAUUCAUUAUCAUAUUCUCAAGAAUCACGACAUGCAUCAUCAUUAGCAUUGCAUGGUGCAACAACACCAAGAGCAAUAUCACAAGAAGAUAUUUCACGAGAAGUAAGAACAGUAAUAUUAAAUAAAGGUACAUCUGGUCUUGGUUUUAAUAUUGUUGGUGGUGAGGAUGGUGAAGGAAUAUUUAUAUCAUUUAUUCUUGCUGGUGGACCAGCUGAUUUAAGUGGUGAAUUAAGAAGAGGUGAUCAAAUUAUAAGUGUUAAUGGUAUUAAUCUUAAAACAGCAACCCACGAGGAAGCUGCUGCUGCACUCAAGGGUACUGGUCAAACUGUAACAGUUGUUGUACAAUAUAAACCAGAAGAUUACAAUAGAUUUGAAGCUAAAAUUCAUGAUCUUAAACAACAAAUAUCACAACAAAAUAUGACAACUGGUACAUUAAUGAGAACAUCACAAAAAAAAUCACUUUAUGUCAGGGCACUAUUUGACUAUGAUCCAAACAAAGAUGAUGGUCUACCAAGUCGAGGUCUUGCAUUUCAUUAUGGUGAAAUUCUACAUGUUACAAAUGCAAGUGAUGAUGAAUGGUGGCAAGCUAAAAGAGUUACACCACAAGGUGAUGAAGGACUAGGAAUAAUACCAUCACGUAGAAGAUGGGAAAGAAAACAACGUGCAAGAGAUCGUUCAGUUAAAUUCCAAGGACAUAUGCCAGUUAUUUUAGAUAAGCAAUCAACUCUUGAUAGAAAAAAGAAAAACUUUUCAUUCAGCAGAAGAUUUCCAUUUAUGAAAAGUAAAGAUGAUAAAUCAGAUGAUGGUUCUGAUCAAGAACGAUCGCCCACUACACCCGAGAAUGAAAAAGAUCUUACUCCAUUCAUGCUGUGCUAUACUCAAGAUGACACCAAUACCGAAGAUUUAUCUUCGGAACCAGGAAGUAAAGAAAUUUUAUAUCGCGUUGAACUGCCUUAUAUGGAAGAACUGACCUUAGUGUAUCUGGAAAAGGAGGGUCUUGAAAAUGUUGAAGAUCUUUGUAGUGAAGAAACUGUGUUGUCAUACGAGCCAGUACAACAACUAACCAUACAAUAUACACGUCCAGUUAUAAUUUUGGGUCCUUUAAAAGAUCGUAUAAAUGACGAUUUAAUAUCUGAAUUUCCUGAUAAAUUUGGAAGUUGUGUACCACACACAACAAGAAGUAAAAGACAGUAUGAAGUUGAUGGACGUGAUUAUCAUUUUGUUUCAUCAAGAGAACAAAUGGAACGAGAUAUACAAAAUCAUUUAUUUAUUGAAGCUGGACAAUAUAAUGAUAAUUUAUAUGGUACAUCAGUUGCAUCUGUUCGUGAAGUAUCAGAAAAGGGUAAACAUUGUAUACUUGAUGUAAGUGGUAAUGCAAUAAAAAGGUUGCAAGUUGCUCAUCUACAUCCAGUUGCCAUUUUCAUAAAACCAAAAUCAGUAGAAUCAAUAAUGGAAAUGAAUAAAAGAAUGACUGAAGAACAAGCUAAAGUUACCUAUGAACGUGCUUUAAAAAUGGAACAAGAAUUUGGUGAAUUUUUUACUGCUGUUGUUCAAGGUGAUACACCAGAAGAUAUUUAUAACAAAGUUAAAACAGUUAUUUCUGAACAAUCUGGUCCUAAUAUUUGGGUACCAACACGUGAUCAACAACUGUGACGUCCUGCCCCCAGUUCAAACUCAACCAACAACACUUGGACACUGCCUCCAAGACAAAAAGAAUAAUUUUAAAAAAAUAUAAAUAGCAUAAAUAAAAUUACACAAAUGGACAAAUUAAAAAAAAAAAAAAAGUUAAGUUAAAAAAAUUAAUUAAGAAAAAAAAAUCAAUCAUAUUUCAAGAUGAUAAAUUAAAUUUGACAUCCUGAUUAUUCCGAUUAUAAUAAAUUAGCUACUUUUUUUUUUUUUUUUUCCCAACCAAAUUAGCAAAUAGUAUAAUAGAUAAAAAAAAAAAAAAACUAUUAAUAAGUAUAUAAAUUAAUUAAUAAUUAUCUUUAAAUAAAAGACGCGUUUCAGGUAGAUAAAAAAAUAAUAAAUUAUAACAUUCACGUGUACCAAGAUUUAUUUAAUAAUAAUUAUAAAUUCAAAAACAACAACAGGGUCACGAAUUUUCUAUAAAAUAAAACAAAAAAAAUAAAAAAAAAAAAUACAAAUUAUUAUUAUUAUUAAUUAGAGUGCAGUAGUAGAGCCACUGCAAAAUAAAAAAUAAUAAUAAAAAAUAAAUGAGAAAAAAUAAAAAUAAAACCAUGUGAUUCGUUAUGAUGAAUUAUUUAAUUAUUUGAUAAAUGUUUUAUUCUUAAAUCAUGCAAUAUUGUACACGAUAUUUAUAAAUUUAUUUUCAAAUUAUUAAAAAAAAAAAAAAUAGUUUAUUAAACAAUAAUAAAAUAAUAUGUACUUAAUCAUUCAAUUAUGUUAAAAAAAAACAGCACAAUGCGUAUGAAAAAAAAAUAAAAAAGAAAAUAAAUAAUAAAUAUAUAUUAUAUAAAAAAAAAAAAAAAUUAUAAUUAAUUCAUAUAUAUUUUAAAUAAUUGCAAACCAUGGCGAAAAGUAAUAAUAAUUAAAAAGAAAAAAAAAAAAAAAAAUCAUGGAAUGUGAAGUUAAAAUGUUUGUUAAAAUUUAUGAAAAAAAUAUAAUGUUUUGUACAGCUAGAUGACUAAGCCAGUAAUUGGGUUACGUGCAACAUUAUGUAGAUGAAAAAAUUAAAUUUCGAAAGACGAAUAAUAAUAAUGAUGAUGAU